AUGCUUCAACCUCGCCUGGCCUUGACCGGCCUUCGUCUCCCCUUCAGAUGUUUGUCCUCCGUCUCGUCUCGGGCCUACUCGACGGUGAUCACGGAAAAGGAGGCUCCCUCCGCGAAUGAACCUCCGAGUGCGACCUUCGAUCCUAGUAUCGCCUUUGCUCCUCCGCCUACCCGUGACAAGACCGGUGUGCUCCUCCGAACCUACACCCCCCGAACCCCCGGUGUUCGACAUUUGCGGAGACCCAUCAACGAUCAUCUCUGGAAGGGUCGGCCGGUCCAGAAGUUGACAUUCCCGAAACGAGGCCAUAGCAAGGGUGGCCGUAACAAUACUGGACGAGUGACGAUCCGGCAUCGUGGUGGUGGCCACAAGCGCCGUAUUCGAGUGGUGGACUUCGGACGAGCUGCCCCCGGACCGCAUCUGGUGGAACGUAUCGAACAUGACCCGGGACGAAGUGCUCACAUUGCUCUUGUCCGCAGCCAAGAAACCAAACAGCUGAGCUACAUUUUGGCUGCCGAGGGUAUGAGAGCCGGGGACGUUGUGCAGAGCUAUAUGUCUGGUAUCCCGCAAGAUUUGUGGGACAGCAUGGGCGGCGCCGUGGAUCCCGGUGUGCUGGCCGCCCGAACUGCGUGGCGAGGCAACUGCUUGCCGUUGCACAUGAUCCCCGUCGGUACGUCGAUCUUCAACGUUGGAUUGAAACCCGGGAAGGGUGGUCAGCUGUGCCGCAGCGCGGGUACCUUCGCCACGGUGAUCGCCAAGGGUACCAACGCCCCCAACCAGGCGCAGGAGGAGACGCCGGAGGAGGGUGCCGAGACCAAGCGGGUGUCGCAGCGGGAGCUGCAAAAGAAGGAGCGUCUCGCUACGCACAUCACGCUACGACUCCAGAGUGGUGAGGUCCGUCUCAUCCACAAGGACUGCUGCGCAACCGUGGGAGUUGCCAGCAACCCGAACUACCAGUAUACCCAAAUCGGAAAGGCUGGACGAUCUCGCUGGCUGAACAUCCGUCCCACCGUCCGUGGUCUUGCGAUGAACGCGAUGGACCACCCCCACGGUGGUGGACGUGGUAAAUCCAAGGGUAACGUGGACCCGAAGAGUCCUUGGGGUCUCCCGGCGAAAUCUGGCUGGAAAACCCGACCCAAGUGGAAGAUCAACAAGAACGUGGUUGUUCCCCGAGUGCGCAACCAGGGCAAGCGUCGCAGAGGUUACAGCUAA